AUGAACCUUAUGAAGAAAACAUUGCCCUUUCCAUUGUCAAAAUCACACACAGGGGAGAAACAACAUAAUUGUAAGGACUGUGGGAAAUGUUUCAUUGAGAGAAGUUCUCUUGCUAAACAUCAACGAACUCACACAGGAGAGAAGCCAUAUAAAUGUGUGGAAUGUGGAAAGAGCUUCAGUCAGAGUGGACAUCUACACACCCAUCAGAGGACCCACACAAGGGAGAAGCCACAUACAUGCAUGGAAUGUGGAAAGAGCUUCAGUAAGAGUGGAAAUCUACGCACCCAUCAAAGGACUCACACAGGGGAGAAGCCAUAUAAAUGCAUGGAAUGUGGAAAGAGCUUCAGUCGGAGUGACUAUCUACGUUCCCAUCAAAGGAUUCACACAGGAGAGAAGCCACAUACAUGCAGGGAAUGUGGAAAGAGAUUCAGUGAGAGUGGACAUCUGCGUAUCCAUCAAAGGACUCACACAGGGGAGAAGCCACAUACAUGCAUGGAAUGUGGAAAGAGCUUCAGUGAGAGUGGAAAUCUACGCACCCAUCAAAGGACUCACACAGGGGAGAAGCCACAUACAUGCAUGGAAUGUGGAAAGAGAUUCAGUAAGAGUGGACAUCUGCGUAUCCAUCAAAGGAUACACACAGGAGAGAAGCCACAUAAAUGCAUGGAAUGUGGAAAGAGCUUCAGUCAGAGUGGAGAUCUACGCACCCAUCAAAGGAUCCACACAGGGGAGAAGCCACAUAAAUGCGUGGAAUGUGGAAAGAGCUUCAUUCAGAGUGGAGAUCUACGCACCCAUCAAAGGAUCCACACAGGGGAGAAGCCACAUAAAUGCGUGGAAUGUGGAAAGAGCUUCAUUCAGAGUGGAGAUCUACGCACCCAUCAAAGGACUCACACAGGGGAGAAGCCACAUACAUGCAUGGAAUGUGGAAACAGCUUCAGUCAGAGUGGACAUCUGCGUAUCCAUCAAAAGACUCACACAAGGGAGAAGCCACAUAAAUGCAUGGAAUGUGGAAAGAACUAUAGUAACAGUUCGAAUCUUCAUACCCAUCAAAAGAUUCACACAGGAGAGAAGCCACAUAAAUAGGACAAGUGCCAAGAAGCAGAAUGGUUGUCCAAAGAACUUCUAACGACUAUGACACAAAAGAGACAUGAACAGGAAGUGGAAGGGGAAGAAAUCACAAAAUCAUAUAACCAUAGAGUUGGAAGAGACCUCAUGGGACAUCUAGUCCAACCCCCUGCCAAGAAGCAGGAAAUUCCAUUCAAAGCACCCCGGACAGAUGGCCAUCCAGCCUCUGCUUAAAAGCCUCCAAAGAAGGUUCCACAGCUGAACUGCUCUCACAGUGAGGAAGUUCUUCCUUAUGUUCAGGUGGAAUCCCCUUUCCUGUAGUUUGAAGCCAUUAUUCUGCAUCCUAGUUUGCAGAGCAGCAGACAACAAGUUUGCUCCCUCCUCCUUAUGGGAUUUUGGCCUGCAUAAAUAGGGGCAGAGUGUCUAGAUCCAGGGAAGUCAUGCUCCCCCUCUAUUCUGCCUUGGUCAGACCACUUUACCUGGAAUCACACUGUGUCUAGUUCUGGGCACUGCAAUUGAAAGGAGACGUUGAAAAGCUGGAAGGUGUCCAGAGGAUGGCGACUAAAAUGAUCAAGGGUCUGGAGAACAAGCCCCAUGGGGAGCAGCUUAAAGACCUGGGCAUGUUUAGCCUGCAGAAGAGAAGGCUGAGAGAAGAAUGAAUAAAUGCAUGUACAAGUAUAUAUGAAAAUAUCAAUCUGGGUUUGUAAAAGGAAGACAAAUGUCACGUUUGAUAGGAAGAGUAUUAAACAAAAUAUGUGUGUCUCAAGAGAGGAAGUUAAAAGUGGGGAUACUAGCAUUAGAUAUAUUUAAUGCCUUGAUUGUGUAGCAUGGCAGAUAAUAAGUGAGAUUAUGAAUUAAUUUGGAAUGGGAAGUAGAAUAAAAGGAUGAUUAGAACCAUUUUAUUUGCUAUGGUGAUAGAAUUAUGUGCAAACGCCAUCCAAAAAGGUAAGAAUGUAGAAGGUGUAGGAAUAAAGGAAAAGCAGAAGGUGAGCUUAUUUGCUGAUGACACAUUGUUAUUGAUUAAAUAUCUGGGUAGGUCAAAUGGAUAGGAGAGGGGAUCAUUGAAAGAUAUUUGGGAAAACAGUGGGUUUAUAUUAUACAAAGAAAGAAGAAAAAGACUUUAUAGAACAGAGCUAUACGGGAAUUAGAAUCAAGAACAAAUUAAAAUACCUGGGUGUAAGUAUAACAAAGGACUUAAAAGAAAUAGAAGAGGCAAAUGUAGUAGCAUUGAGGAAAAUAGUUCGAAAAAAUUAAUACACAUCUAUCUUGGUUUGGAAAGACAGCAAUACUAAAAAUGAAAAUGCUUCUGAGGAUAAACUUUAUACUUACAUAUACCUUAUAUUUAUAAUGCCAUUUCAGAUUACAGAAGAAGAGUUGAAUACAUUAUUUCUUUGCAACAUUUCUACCCCACCUUUCUCCACCCCAAAGGAGACUCAUUUGGACAAAUGAUAAAUACUGUAAUGGCAGUCAAAGAAAUUGACUAAACAAAUUACAGAACAGAUCUCAAAAAGAAGAAGGAUUGGCGCUUCCUCAUAUCAAAAAAUAUUAUAAAGCAAACAGACUGAGAUUGGUUAUACAAGGAAUGAUGAAAAGGAGGAUGUAGAAUAGUUAAUAAUGGAUUCAGGAAAAGCGGAAGAAGAAAUUCGGAAUAUGUUUUAAAAUAGUUUAUGAGAAAAAAAAUAAGGUAAACUGGGAACCCAAUGUUGAGUAAUGCAUUAGAAAUAUGGAACAAAUACAGGAGAAAGUUAAUAACAGAUGGCUCAAUAAUAACCCCAAUUAUAAUGGAAAAGACAUUUCCAAAAAAUAAAAAAUAUAUAUGAUGGAUAAAAAAAUUAAGGGGAAAAACUUAGAUUAAAUAGGGGAUUGGCCAAAGGUUGGAAUGAAGAAAGAAAAGAUUAGGAACAUAAAAAUUUGAAAGGAAUAUCCAGUAAAAUUUCUAAAAUAUUAAUUGAAAAAAACAAAGCAAAAGUAAAGAAUAACACCUUCAAGAAGAUUUGGAAAGAAGAUAUAGGAAUGAAAAUCAAUGAAACAGAGGGGUUACAAUUAUGGGGACAAAGACACUUGAAAAAUAUAUCCAUAUGUGUUAAAGCAAAUUAUUAUUUAGUUGAUAUGGAAAUGGUACCUCACACCCAUAAGAAUAGGAAAUAUAAAUAAAAACUACUCAAACAAUUGCUGGAGAGGAUGCCAAGAAUCGGGAACAUACAUACAUAUGUGGUGGCAGUGUCAAUAUAGAAAUAAUUUCUGGGGAAAAGUAUUAAGAGAGAUAGAAGACACAAUGAACAUUCAAAUAGAAAGAAGUCUUAGCAUGGCUUUAUUCUCAUUAUAUAAUAAUAAACAGUUGGAAAAAGAGGACAAAGAUGCGAUAACAAACGCAUUAACAAUUGCAAGACAGCUUAUAGCAAGGAAGUGGAAAAAGGAAAUAAAUAUAGAGAUAGAAGAAUGGUAUAAGGAAGUAUGGAAACUGGGAAGAAAUGAUAGGUUGACGUGGAGAGGGAUUUAGAAACAAAGCGGUUGUGAUGAUGUCUGGAGAAAAUGUAUUGGAAGAGGAUUCGAAAAGAAAGACGGAAUUACCUCCUCAAGAGAGAAUGAAAAGGAAUUUUGGACAGAUGAUAAAAAAAGUGACUUGGGGGAAGGUAAGAAAUCUGUAUAAGCGUGAAAAUAACAGUAGAUGCCAAAUGUUAAUGUAUUGUAGAUUGUACUGAAUAUUAUGUGGCUGCUGUAAAAGGAUGUACGAUUUUUUUUAAAAUAAAUAAAUAAAUGUAUUUGUAAUUUGUAUAAAUAUGCAUUUGUUUUUCUUUCUUGUAUUUGAAUAUAAAUUAUUUUUAAAAACAGAUUAUGAUGUAGCAGCUAUAAAAGCCAAUGUGAUUCCAGGCUGUCCCGAUAGGAGGAUUCUGUCUAUAUCCAAGGAAGUCACGGCCUCCUUUCUUCCGCUUUGGUCAGACUCACCUGGAAUGACCCUGUCUCCAGGUCUCGGUCCCACAAUUCAAGACGGAUAUUGACAGGUCAGAAUAUCUCCAGAGACGGGAUGUAGAGAAGGGCGGAGAGAGACAGCUGGGUGUGUUUAACUUGGAGGAAAGAAGGAAGGGCUUCUCCCUCGGCAGGAAGGAAAUGUUGGAUCCCAAAAGGGUUGGCCGUGGUCAGGAUGAGAGGUGGACGGAGAGGAAAGGCAUGUCCAUGAGACCCCGUGUUGCCUCCUCCUGGAAUGGACUCCUAGGACCCUAGAGCCGGAAGAGACCCCCAAGGGCCACCCCGUCCUGCCCCUGCCAUGCAGGAAGGCACAAUCAAAGCACUCCCGAUAGAGAGCCUCUGCAGAGAAGCCUCCAGAGAAGGACACUCCACCACACUCUGAGGCAGCCUAGGCCACUCUCCAACAGCCCUUACUCGUUCUUAUUGUGUAUCUUUGUAUAUUAAGAGAAGACCUGUAAAUAGUUAUAAGUAGUGAAUAAAUCAAGAAUAAAACCUCCAAGGACUUUGGAUGAAA